AUGAUUAAGUCAUGGGAAGAACAAGCAGAUGUUACUCGUUCUUACCUCGACAAAGCUGCCAAGAGGAUGAAGAAAUGGACAGAUAAAAAGAGGAGGCAUGCAAGCUAUCAAGUGGGAGACAAGGUAAUGAUCAAACUUCUUCCACAACAAUUCAAAGCCUUUCGCAAGGUUCAUAAGGGCUUAAUCCGCAAAUAUGAAGGGUCAUUUGAGAUCAUUGGACGUGUUGGGGAGGUUGCUUACAAAGUACAACUUCCUCCCUCUAUGAAGAUUCACCCGGUCUUCCAUGUGAGUAUGCUUAAACCAUAUCAUGGAGACCAAGACAAACCUUAUGUUGAAGACCAAGAUAAACCGAGUAGAGGUGACUCGAGUCGUUCUCCGCCUGUGAUGAUAGAUCCUUUGAUAAAGAAAUCAAAGAGAUCUUAG